AUAUCAGGAGAUCGUGGUGCCUCGGUAUUGCCUGUCGGAUUUCUCGGCACAUUUUCGUCUCGACAGAAUAACUGUCGACAUUCUAAUGGCAGACCUAGGAGAGAGUGGGCUAAAGGAACCUGGAUACUGUGGUGGCCAUCAACCCAUAUCCAUGGAGAAGAUGACACUGCUGACUCUAUGGUAUCUGGCAAAUCAGGAAUCUAUGAGGGGAAUUGCUGACAGGUUUGAUGUUGCUAAAAGCAGUGUGCACAUCGUCGUUCAUAAGCUGACCCAUCAUGUGGCACACAAGCUGGCUCAAAAAUACAUCAACUGGCCAACUCCACAUCUGAUGCCAAGUGUUACCUCUGACUUUAAGAGCCGUGCUAAUUUCCCAGGAGUGCUUGGAGCAUUAGAUGGUUCACAUAUUCCAAUUGAGGCUCCAUCUGCUCACCAACUUGAGUACAACAAUCGGAAGAUGACCCAUUCUGUUAUUCUGCAGGCAGUAUGUGACAACUCCAAGAAGUUCACCAAUUGCUUUGCUGGGUAUCCAGGCUCAGCACAUGAUUCGCGAGUCUUACAUAGCUCACAGUUGUUCAUACAAGCGGAAGCAGACAAGCAUAAGCUAUUUCCGAGUGAUGCAUACCACCUAGUAGCUGACACAGCCUAUCCUCUUCACUCCUGGCUCAUAACCCCCUUCAAGGAUACUGGCUCGUUAACACCACAACAGACCAGGUACAACACCAAGCUAUGCCAGACAAGAGUUGUAAUCGAGUGUGCCUUUGGGUUGCUGAAGGGCAGGUUUCGCAGAUUGAAAAUGGUUGUUUGUAAAGUGGAAAGUAUCCCUGACAUCAUCAUUACAUGCUGUGUAUUACACAAUAUGUGUCUGAUGAAUGACAGUGAUGAGUUGUUAGAGAUUCAAGAUAUGGAUGUGGGAAUGAAUGGGAGUGGUAGAGUGUGUGGUUUUGAGAGCAGUCAGGGGAAGAUAAAGAGAAAUUACCUAGUCGCCAGUAUGUAAAUUUGACUCAAGUCUGACCAUGUUUUAUGUGCUAUAAUAGCUUGACCAAACACAACAAACAAAUUUUAAAGCAUAACUUUUUGAUUUUUGUCAGUAGGUAUGGAAGUGUGGCAUUCUGACGUAAAGUUGUGCUAUUUUUGAAACACUUUCAGCACCAGUACUAAUUCUAAGUACAUGUAUAUGUAAUAUAUAGUUAAUAAUGACUGAGUACACACACACCAGAGUUGUAACGAGUCACUGAUUUUUGUGACUCGAGUCGAGUCGAGUCAUUUUUAAUAUA